CAAGGAAACGCGCACGCUGGACGCAUCGCUCCGAGAUUUACAAACAACCCAACCUGUCUCGCGCACCGUUAUUCACAGCAUCCGUCGCAGAAAUAAACGUCCUUUGACCGAUGUAUGCGAUGUAACAAAACAGAGGGAGAGCAAUAUAAGGACUGAAAUCAGAAAUACGCCUCGCCAGCGCUUGAUAUACACAGUAGUCAGUCAUGCCGCUGGUGAAGAGGAGUAUCGAGCCCAAGCACCUGUGUCGAGGGGCUCUUCCUGAUGGAGUGCCCAGUGAAUUAGAGUGCGUCACCAACAGCACACUGGCAGCCAUCAUUAAACAACUGGGCAGCCUGAGCCGACACGCGGAGGACAUCUUCGGAGAGCUGUUUAAUGAAGCCAACAGUUUCUACAUGCGUAUGAAUAACCUGCAGGAGAGAGUGGACCUGCUGGCCAUCAAAGUCACCCAGCUGGACUCCACUGUGGAAGAGGUUUCUCUUCAAGACAUCAAUAUGAGGAAGGCCUUCAAGAGCUCCACCAUUCAGGAUCAACAGGUGGUUUCCAGGAACUCCAUCCCUAACCCUGUCCUGGAGCUUUACCAUCGUGGAGACAAACCACCUCCUCUUAAUAUUCUCAGCCCAUACAGAGAUGACAAGAAAGACGCAUUGAAGUUCUACACUGACCCCUCCUACUUCUUCAUCCUCUGGAGAGAGAAAAUGCUGCAAGCCACAGAGGACAAGCGAAAAGAAAAGAGAAGACAGAAGACCAGCGGCUCAGGCCAGACUCACUCAGACCAGACUAAGUCCCACUCCAGGCAGGCCCUUCUCAGAAGCCCCCUCCUGUCCUCCGAGCAGCAGAAACAGGUGGAGGAUCCCAGCCGUGAGGUGAAGAAGGUUCGCAAGGCUCGCAAUCGCAGACAGGAGUGGAAUGUAAUGGCGUAUGAUAAGGAGUUUCGCCCAGACGCCCGCUUCACGCCUUCUCCAUACCAUGGCAUGUCAUCUGAGGGCUCGCUGUCCCCAGACAACAGGUCGGUUGCGUCAGACAUGGGUGAGCACUCUUACCCAGGCAGCCCGAGUCACCCGGCUCAGCAGAUGGCAGUAAGCAGUGCCUAUUCUGCUGCCGAUGGUAAAGAACACCUCAUGGCCCCCUCUCAUGUCCAAACUCAGUCUCUGGACCGUGGCUACCGGCCUGCACCUUCCUCCGCUGCUCCACCUGGAAGACAGACUAUUGGCCGAGUUCAGACCUCUCAUGGUCAGCCAAUCACAGACCCUGCUCUCAACGGGCCACGCCCACUACAGACUAAAGACUACAGUGGUCAGCAGUCUCAGCAUCGGGAGUAUUUUGUUCCUCCAGCUCCUCCUCCACCACCUCCACUCAUUCCCUCAGCCCAGACUGCCUUUGACAGUCCCACAGGCCCCUCCUCUGCUCCGGCCAGUGCCAUGCCUUCUCUGUCCCAGACCUAUAGCCAGUCUCCUCCGACUCCUGCUCUCCCUGCCUCCUAUACCCCUUCCCCAACCCAUCCUCCUCCCGCAGCCCCUCCACCACCUCCACCCGGGCCACCCGCACACCCUCACCCACACCCCAUGCCAGCUGCCUCUGUGGAAGCGCCGGUUGUGCCCAGGAAGGGUCAGGUUCCUCUCAUCCCUAUGAGCGACGCUCGCAGCGACCUGCUGGCGGCCAUCAGACGAGGGAUCCAGCUGCGUAAAGUGCAGGAACAGAGGGAACAGGAAGCGAAAAAGGAGCCAGUCGGAAAUGAUGUGGCCACUAUAUUAUCGCGUCGCAUCGCAGUGGAGUACAGCGAAUCUGAUGAAGACUCGGAGCUGGACGAAAACGAGUGGUCAGACUGAGACAACAAAUAACAGCAUAGAGGAAUAAAAAAAAAAAGAAGUAAGCGUUAUACUGUAGGUUUCAGAGAACACAAUUAUCACAACUAAUGUAGCAUGCCGAUUGUCUGUCUGCACUAAUAAAAUACGGGGGGAAAAGGGCUGCGUAACCACAAACUUUCCAAUUUUAGAUCAUGCGUCUAAAAUGGAAGCCUUGACAGUGAAGUUUAAUGAGAGUUUUGACCCCAUUGAACUACGUCUGUUAGAGAUGGGCUCGUGUGCGCAGCUGAGACUAUUCAUCACUUUCUCACAGUGUGGUGAUCCUACCAUCUGUCCUCUCUCAAUAACCUUACAACACGACCUUAUAAUUAUAUGACCAGUCAGCUGGAUGAUCAUGCAAUGCCAAUUUUAGUCAGAAACGUAUUUGAGGCAGAUGUACUAAACAUUUUUUUUAUGUUCAAGACUACCGUUUUGACCUCUGGAAUGCAUGUUGUACCAAGCAUCAAGCUGAUUGUUGAAAUUAAAAUCGCAAGAGCAAUAUUCCUGAGCGAUUUAAUAAGGCAGAGCACAAAUUCACAGUUAAUGUUUACUCAAAAUUUUGUAAAUGAAGUUAUUAAUGUUUAUGUUGGUAAGAUCCCAGCUGGUUAAAGGAACACUCCACUUUUUUGCAAGUAGGCUAAUUUUACAACUCCCCUAGAGUUGAGUGUUACUCUUUUUGAAUCCGUUCAUCUGAUCUCCGGGGGUAUUGGGAGCAAUUUUAGCUUAGCUUAGCAUAUAUAAUUGAAUCGAAUUAGACCAUUAGCAUCUCGCUUAAAAAAGUUUUGAUAAUUUUUCUUUUUAAAGCGUGACACUUCUGUAGUUACAUUGUGUACUAGGCCAAUAUGACUAGAAACUAUACUCUCUCAAUCUCCAUAAUACCAUUGCGCCCAAAGUCUCUUUAAGGCAAGUCAUUUCACUCAGCAGCCAUCUUUGAAAUGCCUUUCGGGCAGAAUGCUCAGGCAUUCUGUCUGAAUAGGGAAACAUUAAAUUCUCCAAAAACUAUUAGCCAAGCUUACAAUUGCAUUACAUAUUUGGAAUCAACAAUAAAAUUAAACAUCUGUCUCACAAGUUUUGUUUCUAAACAUUCGAAUCAAACAAAAUUGGCAUAUUUUCAGGUUGCACAAGCUAAUGCGCACUCGAAAUAAACGAGAUCACGACACCAACCUCCUUUCUGGCCGUUCCACACAUUAUUAUCCUCUGGAUAAUGCUUCGCCUGAUAGCACUGCUCUUCUGAAGUAAUCCACAACUUGAUCUUGAUGACGAAUCUCUUCCAGAAAUGAAAGCGACUCUUUAUUUGUGGGCAUUUGAAUAGUUGAAUAGUCAUGUGACGUGCGUUUGACAGGACUGACUGUACCUCACUUUUGUUUUUUACAGAUUACAAAACCAGAAAACUUUUAUUGUCAAGUGCACUAGGUUAAUUUAAAAGCACCGAUUUCAAGCUUCAUCUGGAUAUGUUUCUUUUCUCUCUGAAGCAAGUAUUCGAUGAGAUUCCACUGUGUUUGUUGACCACCAAACUGUCGUGAAAUCAAGCGUCUGAUCUGAGCUUCACCCCGGAGAAACGUCAGUCUAUAGCAAUCGAUGAUUGGCUCCUGUACUAUUAGGCGGGGCUUCAUUCGUCAUAUUGACCGUUACACUUUUCCUCAUUCCAACCUAUACGAGUGACAUGUCUUGUGUAUUCUAUAGUCUUUGUUGCGCCUGCUGCAGUCAUGGUACAGCAGCAAAGUUCCUAGAUUAUUACGCCAGAAUAAGUAUAGUGCCUAUAAAUAGUCAUUUUGAUUUUCUGUCUGUCUUAGUACACGAUGUAUCUACAAAAGAGUAAAGCAUUAUAUAGGAGUAUUAUCACAACUUUUUGGUUGUUUUUGAACAAAAUGCUAAUGGUAGGGCUGGGUGAUUAAUCAAAAAAAAAUAUCGAAAUCGACAUUUAGAAUCUAUAAUUAAUCUAAUUUUCUAUGCACAAUUUUAUUGAAUAUUUUCCCUACUGUUUGUAGAGUCAUGUGACCCCGCUCUGUUAAGGCUGAUUUAUACUGAUUUUUAUCGAGAGCACGCAUAUGGUCCAGCGCAGACUUCGUGCGGUUGCAUAUCCAUGCACAUCUCAAAAAUGUAACUACAUGUUGCGAAGACUCAUAUCGCAAGCUCUGUGAUGGGUCGGUUUGGUAGCGUUGACACGCAUGGGUGGCGCGGAGAGCCGCGAGACAGCAGAGAGCCGGUUGAAGCGAGUUUUUACAAGUGUGAAGUCCUGUGGAGGAGCUGUUUUGUGUUUACCUUAUGAUUAAAGUUGUUGCACGUCCGCCUGUUCUCUUACUGAGCGAGUUUAAGCUUCUUUUCCCCGUAAAGAAAGUCGGAAGUGUUAUUUGCAGAGCAACACAAACAGCACGCUGAAGUAUAUCAAUGCAUGGCUGCCAUCACUCGAUGCAGAUGUAUAAAUCAGCCUUUAAAGUCUGAGGCUGAUUUAUUCUUCUGCGGCCACUUUGCUGCCACAACUGAUCUCUGGUCUAGUAAGAUGAUGGACCCAUUCUUGAACCUUACUUUGCACUAAAUUGACGAUGAUUGGAAGCUGCGCCAGAGAUGCCUCGAGACGGCAUAUUUUCCAUUACAUUCAAAUGAUUAUUAACAUUAAAAUAUUUGUUUACAGAAGAUACAAGAAAUGCCCUGUUUAAAAUAUUAUUUACAGGAUAUUAAAAAGUUAUUUUAUUUACAAGAGAUAUUGCUUAUUUUUUACUUUUAUUAUGAAAAGCACUGAAAAUAAAUCAUUUUGUAUCCAAAAGUGCAAGUUAUUUAUUUUCACCUUUUUAUAAGAAAAAGGUUUUAGGCAAUGUGUGCUUUAAUUUCAGUUGUUCAGUGUUGAUGUUCAAUAAAUAAUCAUAGAUAGUUGAUAGUGUGUGUUUCCUUUAAUUAUUUUAAAAUGAAUAAUGCACCCUUCAUUCAAAAAUCUCUCCCUUGUAAUAUGUGAGCAUAUAUACAA